GGGUUUUUGGGGGGGUUUUGAUGUAUUUUGUCCCCCCCCAGAGCCAGAAGAGGAGAUCAUCGCCGAGGAUUACGACGACGCCCACGUGGAUUACGAGGCCUCGCGGCUCGAGGGGCUCCUCCCGCCCUGGUACAAAGUCAUCGACCCCACCUGUGGGCUGCCCUACUACUGGAACGUGGAGACCGACCUGGUGUCCUGGUUGUCCCCCAACGACCCCAAUUCCGUCGUCACCAAACCCGCCAAGAGGAUCAAGGGGGGCACAGAGCCUGAAGAACCCCCUGAGAGGGGCCACGAGAAGGAGGAGCCGCCGCGGGAACGGGAUCGGGAUCGGGAACGAGAUCGGGAACGGGAACGGGAGCGACGCUUCCACCGGCACGAGGAGCUGGCGCCAAACCCCAAGGGCAAGAAAGGGAGCCGCAAGGACGAGGAGUUGGACCCCAUGGACCCCAGCGCCUACUCGGACGCGCCGCGGGGCACGUGGUCCACGGGACUCCCGAAGAGGAACGAGGCCAAGACCGGGGCGGACACGACGGCUGCGGGGCCCCUGUUCCAGCAGCGACCCUACCCCAGCCCGGGGGCCGUGCUCAGAGCCAACGCCGAGGCCUCCCGGGGCAAGGACUGACCCCCCACACCCCAAAAAAUGACCCCCCCAAACCUCGGGGGGUGCCUGGAAUCCCCCUGGAAUCCCUGGAGGAUCAGGGAUUGUCCUGAAUCCACAGGGAACCUUCAAACCCUUUCUAGGAUUCCCCAAAGCUCAGGGGGUCCUCAAAACCCCCUGGAUCCCCCCAAAACCU